AUGUGGAAGGACGUGAACUCUUCCCAGGACUGGAAGGACGUGAACUCUUCCCAGGACUGGAAGGACGUGAACUCUUCUCAGGACUGGAAGGACGUGAACUCUUCUCAGCACUGGAAGGACGUGAACUCUUCUCAGGACUGGAAGGACGUGAACUCUUCUCAGAAAUGGAAGGACGACUGGAAGGACAUGAACUCUCCUCAGGACUGGAAGGACGUGAACUCUUCCCAGGACUGGAAGGACGUGAACUCUUCCCAGGACUGGAAGGACGUGAACUCUUCCCAGGACUGGAAGGACGUGAACUCUUCUCAGGACUGGAAGGACGUAAACUCUUCCCAGGACUGGAAGGACGUGAACUCUUCCCAGGACUGGAAGGACGUGAACUCUUCCCAGGACUGGAAGGACGUGAACUCUUCUCAGGACUGGAAGGACGUGAACUCUUCCCAGGACUGGAAGGACGUGAACUCUUCCCAGGACUGGAAGGACGUGAACUCUUCCCAGGACUGGAAGGACGUGAACUCUUCCCAGGACUGGAAGGACGUGAACUCUUCUCAAGACUGGAAGGACGUGAACUCUUCUCAGGACUGGAAGGACGUGAACUCUUCUCAGGACUGGAAGGACGUGAACUCUUCUCAGGACUGGAAGGACGUGAACUCUUCCCAGGACUGGAAGGACGUGAACUCUUCCCAGGACUGGAAGGACGUGAACUCUUCCCAGGACUGGAAGGACGUGAAGUCUUCCCAGGACUGGAAGGACGUGAACUCUUCCCAGGACUGGAAGGACGUGAACUCUUCUCAGGACUGGAAGGACGUGAACUCUUCCCAGGACUGGAAGGACGUGAACUCUUCCCAGGACUGGAAGGACGUGAACUCUUCCCAGGACUGGAAGGACGUGAACUCUUCCCAGGACUGGAAGGACGUGAACUCUUCUCAAGACUGGAAGGACGUGAACUCUUCUCAGGACUGGAAGGACGUGAACUCUUCUCAGGACUGGAAGGACGUGAACUCUUCUCAGGACUGGAAGGACGUGCACUCUUCUCAGGACUGGAAGGACGUGAACUCUUCUCAGGACUGGAAGGACGUGAACUCUUCUCAGGACUGGAAGGACGUGAACUCUUCUCAGGACUGGAUUGACGUAAACUCUCCUCAGGACUGGAAGGAUGUGAACUCUCUUCAGGAAGGGCAGUUUUUCCAAGACGAAGGUACAUUGUCAAGUGGGAUAAAAAGUAAUAAAAUAGCAACAAAAAUUAUUGAGGACUGGAAGGACGUGAACUCUUCCCAGGACUGGAAGGACGUGAACUCUUCUCAGGACUGGAAGGACGUGAACUCUUCUCAGCACUGGAAGGACGUGAACUCUUCUCAGGACUGGAAGGACGUGAACUCUUCUCAGAAAUGGAAGGACGUGAACUCUUCCCAGGACUGGAAGGACGUGAACUCUUCUCAGAAAUGGAAGGACGUGAACUCUUCCCAGGACUGGAAGGACGUGAACUCUCCUCAGGACUGGAAGGACGUGAACUCUUCCCAGGACUGGAAGGACGUGAACUCUCCUCAGGACUGGAAGGACGUGAACUCUCCUCAGGACUGGAAGGACGUGAACUCUCCUCUGGAAUGGAAGGACGUGAACUCUUCUCAGGACUGGAAGGACGUGAACUCUUCUCAGGACUGGAAGGACGUGAACUCUUCUGAGGACUGGAUUGACGUAAACUCUCCUCAGGAGUGGAAGGACGUGAACUCUCUUCAGGAAGGGCAGUUUUUCGAAGACGAAGGUCUAAUCAGCCACAGCGAAGACAUGCGUGUUCCUAACUGGUAUUGUCUACAGCAAUAG